CCCACAUGACCACAUCGUGGUCAGUUACAAUCCCGUGAGAAGUGGACGCAUUAUCCUUGAUGGUAGGAUAACAUAACGGGUCUCACCCUCUGCCUAGUAAGUGAACACAGAAAAAGGACUCCAUCGCCUGGGUGUUCGAACAGGGGCCAAGAGGGAGAUACGAACAAAAGAUUUGAUCAUCUGGAAGGAAAGGAAGCUUUAAGCAAUCAGUCUAUCAAUGGAUCCAGUAUCUAUUCCUGUUUCGCUUCAUUCGCAAGCUUCAUCUGUUACGAUCUUUAAUGGAACUAAUUUCUCAGAGUGGAAUGAACAAGUCCAGUUUCACCUAGGUGUUCUGGAUCUUGAUUUAGCACUCCGAUCUGAGAAACCGGCUGACAUUACUGAUUUGAGCAGCUCGGAAGAAAGGUCUUUUUAUAAGACUUGGGAAAGAUCGAACAGAUUGAGCAUUAUGUUUAUGCGGAUGAGUAUAGCGAAUAAUAUCAAGUCAACGCUUCCUGAAUGUGACAGUGCUCAAGCAUUAUUGAAAACUAUGGAAGAACGUUUCCGAUCUGCUGAUAAGUCUCUGGCUGGGACAUUAAUGGCUAAACUAACCACCAUGAAAUUUGAUGGUACUUGUGGGAUGCAUGAGCAUAUCCUUGAAAUGACAAAUAUAGCAGCUAAACUGAAGGCUCUAGGGAUGGAUGUGAAUGAAUCCUUUUUGGUUCAAUUUAUUUUGAACUCCUUGCCUCCUCAAUUUGGAUCAUUUCAAAUUCACUAUAACACUAUUAAGGAUAAGUGGAAUGUGAAUGAAUUGACCAGUAUGCUUGUUCAAGAGGAGACAAGACUUAAGCAACAAGGAUAUCAUUCUGUCAAUCUUGUAAGUCAUGGAGCCAGGAAAAAAUGA